AUGGCAGGUCUCGAGGGGUACCUCCUGCCUCCUAAAGCCAACGACUCCAAUGACCUGGACAGACGACCUCGAACGUGUUGGCAUUCGGUGAAGGGUCAGGGAGGUACUCAGAUCCAGACUCGUUGUGGAGAAGAAGCUAACGUCCGUGGGUUGUCGUACCGUUUGGGUAGCCAGGAAGAUACUCCUGACUACAUGGGGGGGCAGAUUGGGGGCCUGAGAGGGGCCGGAGAGGGGGACCAGAGAGGGGGUGCCGGAGGGGGGCCAGAGGGGGGCAGAGAGGGGGCCGGAGAGGGGGCAGAAUGGGGGGCCGGAGAGGGGGCCAGAGAGGGGGACCAGAGAGGGGGUGCUAGAGGGGGGCCAGAGAGGGGGCCGGAGAGGGGGCCAGAGUGGGGGGACGGAGGGGGGCGGAGGAGGGGGCCGGAGAGGGGGAACAGAGAGGGGGAUGCCGGAGGGGAGGCCGGACGGGGGGACCAGAGAGGGGGGUGCCGAAGAGGGGGACUAGAGAGGGGGCCAGAGGGGGGCUGGAGGGGGGCGGAGGGGGCCAGAGUGGGGGCCGGAGAGGGGGGCAGAGGGGGCCGGAGAGGGGGCCGGAGUGGGGGUGCCAGAGAGGGGGGGGCCGGAGUGGGGGCCGGAGAGGGGGCAGAGGGGGGCCGGAGUGGGGGCCAGAGAGGGGGGGGCGGAGUGGGGGGGUGCCAGAGAGGGGGGCCGGAGUGUGUCUGA